AUGGCAUUCUCUCCAUGGAAGCUGUCCUCUCAGAAACUCGGCUUUUUUCUGGUGACUUUUGGUUUCAUUUGGGGGAUGAUGCUUCUGCAUUUUACUAUUCAGCAACAAACACAACACGAAAGCAGUUCAGUCCUGCGUGAGCAAAUUUUGGAUCUCAGCAAAAGAUAUAUCAAAGCAUUAGCCGAAGAAAAUAAAAAUGUAGUUGAUGGGCCUUAUGUUGGGACAGUGACAGCAUAUGAUUUGAAGAAGACACUUGCUGUCUUGUUGGAUAAUAUCUUGCAGCGCAUUGGGAAGCUAGAGUCCAAGGUGGAAAAUCUUGUACUUAAUGGAACAGGAGCAAACUCUACCAACAAUACUACCACUCCUGCUCCCAGCUUAGGAGCAGUUGAAAAGCUUAAUGUAGCAGAUCUCAUAAAUGGAGCCCAAGAACAGUGUGAAUUGCCUCCUAUGGAUGGUUUUCCUCACUGUGAAGGGAAAAUAAAGUGGAUGAAAGAUAUGUGGCGAUCAGAUCCCUGUUAUGCAAGUUAUGGUGUAGAUGGGUCCACAUGCUCCUUUUUUAUUUACCUCAGUGAGGUUGAAAAUUGGUGUCCUCGUUUACCUUGGAGAGCAAAAAAUCCUAAUGAAGAAACUGAUCAAAAAACAGUGGCUGAAAUUCGUAUCAACUUUGAUAAUCUCUACAAAAUGAUGUCAAGACAUGAGGAAUUCAGAUGGAUGAUGUUACGCAUCAGACGAAUGGCUGAUACCUGGAUUGAAGCAAUUAAAUCACUUGCAGAAAAACAAAAUUUGGAGAAGAGAAAACGAAAAAAGAUUCUUGUUCAUCUGGGGCUUUUGACAAAAGAAUCUGGAUUUAAGAUUGCAGAAAAUGCAUUUAGCGGUGGCCCACUUGGUGAAUUAGUCCAGUGGAGUGAUUUAAUUACAUCUCUCUACUUACUGGGCCAUGACAUCAGGAUUUCAGCUUCACUGGCAGAGCUCAAGGAGAUUAUGAAGAAGGUUGUAGGUAACAGAUCUGGCUGCCCUACCCAGGGGGAUAAAGUUGUAGAACUCAUUUACAUUGAUAUUGUGGGACUCACUCAAUUUAAGAAAACUCUUGGUCCGUCAUGGGUACAUUACCAGUGUAUGCUAAGAGUUCUGGAUUCCUUCGGAACUGAACCAGAGUUUAACCAUGCCCAUUAUGCCCAGUCUAAAGGCCACAAGACACCAUGGGGCAAGUGGAACCUUAAUCCACAGCAGUUUUAUACGAUGUUCCCUCACACUCCAGAUAACAGCUUCCUUGGAUUUGUGGUAGAGCAGCAUCUGAAUUCCAGCGACAUUAAACACAUUAAUGACAUCAAAAGGCAGAAUCAAUCCCUUGUUUAUGGCAAAGUAGAUAACUUCUGGAAGGAUAAGAAGGCUUAUCUGGACAUCAUCCACACCUAUAUGGAAGUCCAUGGAACUGUUCAUGGGACAAGCACUAUUUAUAUUCCUGGCUAUGUAAAAAACCAUGGUAUACUCAGUGGGCGGGAUUUGCAGUUUCUACUGAGAGAAACCAAACUGUUCGUUGGCCUCGGAUUUCCAUAUGAAGGGCCAGCUCCUUUAGAGGCUAUUGCUAACGGAUGUGCUUUUCUAAAUUUAAGAUUUAACCCACCAAAAAGUAGCAAAAACACAGAAUUUUUCAAAGGCAAACCUACACUCCGAGAG